CAACCUGGUUAUUUCUAAAGGAUAAAGAAAGGUUGAAAACUACAGGUUUUCAUCUCUCUACUAUGUAGGUUUUGGCUCUUGGCCUUUGAUAGUGCGCAUGCGCCUGUUUCCAGCUCCCAUAGCAACACUUGCUCCCCUGCAGUGGUACGGCUAGCUCGUAUGCUAACUUACGAAAUAAGCUAAGUUACUUCACUCUUUAAAGCUUUGUUUGCCGUAUAUUUCAGCUAUAAUGAAUGACUGCGCCGUGUUAAAGGUUAGUUAAGGUUUAAACCGAAAGAACCGCGUUACAAUGGCGGAGAAGAGGCGCUCCGGGGGCGGUACGGUGAUGCCUGACUCCAAAUCCGUGAAAGCCGAGAGCGAUAAAGAGUUUCUCUCGCAGGCCGGGGUCGGGGUGCUGCUCCGGGAUGCCCUGCUGAAGCUGGUGGAGGCGAGGUCGGAGGAUCCCAUAGGUUUCCUCGCUGAACACUUUAGUAACCUGGCCUCGGAGUCGGAGAGCGGGCCGGUGGGUGGAGGAGGAGGGGAUGGAGGAGAGCAGCAGGAGAACACGGUGGAGGAGCAGCAGCAGCUCAGCAGAGCACUGUGGCAUCUGAGCCUGGCCCAUCACUCACAGAGAUCCGCCUUCAACAACAACAUCCGUGUGGCCUAUGACUUGCUGACCCAGUGUGGCUCCCUUCGGCAUGUCCCCGGUGGCAUCCAAGGCCGCAUCUACACUGAAAUGCUCCAGUGCCUGUGCAGUGAAGGUGGCCUGUCGGGCACCACAGCUGCCCCCUUGCUCCGGCGAAUCCGUUGCCAUGACUAUGAGGCCGUACCCUUCGAGCUGUUCCGGCAGGGUGUGCAGACGUGUGCCGCAUUCACAGACUACAUCCGCAAGUCCCAGUGCCUGUACGCUGCCGUGGCCAGCCGCCCCGAGCGGCCAGCAGAGAGGUCCCUGUGCCGUGCCGUCCUGGCCACCCUGGAGGAGGCGCUGGACACCUCUCACGGAGCCGAUUCUGCACGCUUUUUGGAGGCCAGUGCCAAGAUUUCUCCUGCCAAGCUUGCCCAGGCCAUGGCUGAGGUGCGUGCCGCCGGUGAGCAGCAGGAAGGCCCAACCAUGGAUGCGAGGGAAUUUGAGGAUGCCGCUGCCGCACUCUUCAUAGCCAGGGUGCGAGUGGUCAUCUAAAGUAGA